ACGCGUGUCAGUUCAAGAUACCCAAUGCUGUGAUAGGUACAACUGGGCCAGUAUACAACAUCACUUGUAGCGCAGGAUAUUACCUGGAUGGUCCUAGCAUGGUCACCUGUAAUGGAACCAGCCAGCAUACUACUCUGCCGAAAUGCAUUGUAAUUCCAGCAUGCAACGUAACUGUGAAUGGAGGAUCUAUACUUGGAACUUCACCAUUCUAUACAGUUGAAUGCGAUUUAGGCUACAAGCUCAAAGGCAGUAAGACUGUAAAUUGCACCAAAACCGGUCCUACCGCAUUGCCAACCUGCGAACAAAUUCCAAACUGCACGUUAACUGUCGCACAUGGAUCAAUGUAUGGAAUUGCACCUCAUUACACGGUUGUGUGCAAAUUGGGAUACAAGAUCAAUGGCACGAAAACUGUACACUGCACAUCCAACAUCAGUCACGGUCCAUUGCCAACUUGUGAACCCAACAUAUGCCGUGCACCGCAUAUCGCCAAUGGGAUUUUGACGGGUACUGCUCCAGCCUUCAAGGCUGCUUGUUUCGAUGGCUUCGAACAAAUUGGGCAGGAGACGGUUUCGUGUCUAAAUGAAACAACGACAACUGCUCUACCUACCUGUACUGCCUAUUCCGGGACAUGUGAUCGCUCAACUCUGGAGAAUGGAUACUCUCAACCCAAUGUUAACUCUAUGGUUCGCAGACUUUCCUGCAAAUCCGGAUAUCGACUUUACACCUCGCCGCAUUACACUUGUGUUUCAUCAUCGAUUUCAAAGCGAAUCACGACCUGUGAAAAAAUUGUUUGCAACUCUUCCUCGACAACCAUUAACAAUGGAUUUCUUCAACCACCGGACGGCAUCGCCAAUGAACAAGCCACCGUGACAUGCAGUAUUGGAUAUUCACUAGCUGGUUCUUCAAAUGCCACGUGUCGGGCGGAUGGUGUGUGGAACACGAAUGCAACGUGCAACGGUGAUCCGUGUCAAGAACCAAUUAUACCUAAUAGCAAUGUGUCUGGCUUGAAUGCGUCAACCGGUGAAGUGUUUUAUGUCGGUUGCAAGGAAGGAUUCGUACGACAGGGCAGCCCCACAAUAUCUUGCGUGUCACCUUCAAAUUGGAAAUCUGUUCCACACUGCCAACCUGUGCGGUGCAAAGGUACGCCAAUAGUGCAGAGUGGUUCAGUGUUGGUUGGGCACAUCACGCCAACAUUUGGAACCAUGGCAAUUAUCAUCUGUAACUCGACGUAUGAACUCCAUGGCAACAGAACCAUCACCUGUAGUGCGAAUGGCACCUGGACCAAUAAUGGUCAGACUUGCAAAGAAUCAACUCCUACCAGUGAUACAACGACAACCUGCAAGUCUUCCAAUAGCACUGUGUAUGUCGCCAUCAUCGGUGUGCUUGGCGCGGUCCUUGUUGUUCUACUGAUCACGGUCAUCUAUUUGGUAAUGCGCACUCGCACAACAGGCCUUGUUACAAUCAUGGAUAACUCAGGAGCUUCACGAGAAGUUCAGCGUGGAGCGGAGGCUUACAGCAAGGCCAGCAAGUCAGUAGCAAGUCUCCGAGGGGAUCAAUACGGAACAAUCGGCGACUCGUGCAGUGCUGAGACAAGCAACGACGGCGAUCAGCAAGGGGACACGGAAACAGGACCUGAGGUGUAUUCUGACAUCGCCGACGUCGUCGUCCGGACACCUGCUGCCAAAGACGCAGCCAAGCCAGUUACAAAGCAGCCGGAUCCACCAAUGACCGACGACACAGACGUGUACAGUUGUGUAGACGAUCCUAAGCCGAGGCCAAAGUCAGAAGGUCAACCUAAAGGAGACUUUGAUCAGUACGCAUAUGCCGCAGUCGAUGCACAGAAACAGGAAAAACAGAAGCCAGCACCCAAGCCAUCCCACCUGGUGCAGGAUGACGACCGUGUUCCAUUUACAGAGCCACGCACGCCCACCGCCGAUCCAUACACGUCCUUCCCACAGUCGGACGAUGAGCAGGCUGAUGAAGGUAUGUACGCCAUGGUCGACAUCAAGAAGAAGAAAAGGAAAGCGGCCAAUUAGUCCACAGUGUUGUUAUGGUUACACCAGCGCGAUGUGAACGUAAUUCAGCCCAGAAGCCGCGUUCAGACAACACCCACCUCACGAACAUUCACAGUAACCCAGUCCUCUUUUUGUUUGACACGUGAUCACACAUGAUCUAGCAAUAAGUUUCAUCACAAACACUUUCGGAUUUCCAUUCACAUCUUGUUACAGUCGUGGAUAGUUGCUGCUUAAUUCGUUCUCAUGUGGUUCUUCUCUUUUUUUUACAUUUUAUUACUGGCUCAGUAUCCGAGUUUGAUUUCCAUUCAUUCUACUUUUCAGUGUCUCAUUUUUUUGCGCACUCCAUCUAGAACCUUGCUCCUAGACUUUCAUCGGACUGCACGUUUUGGCCACAUAAUAUGCAAUCUGCUAGCAUUUAUUUGCAAACUCGGGUAUCCUUACACCCAGUUGUUUUGAUCUGUCGAAACCCAUGCCAGGGAUCAAAUUUUGCCUGGAUGCUACUUUCCAUUUCGUGAGUGUUCCUUCCUGAUUGUAGGAUAUGAAAACACUUGCCAUCGUGUUAUUUCUACAAGUACAUUUGAACAUUUAAACACAUUGCUUUGGUUGUUACCUAUUUCCAACGAGCUGCAUUCAAUGUUCAUUGCAUCGACUUGUGCACACCAGGCUCUCUGUUUGUAAUAUCCAAAUUUAUAGCAGCAUUUCCAUCUUUUUACUUGCCGUACGAUGCGCAUCAGUUUGGGGGCAUUACUGCCCCCAACAAAUGCACGGUAUCUCCCUUUUAUGAUUAAUUGAAUGGGCAUUUCCACUUUGUUCUUUUUCUCCUACACACAUUAAACAUUUAAAUCUGACGAGAACGUUGUUGUGCUGAAAGGUCACAAUUUUUCGCUGCUAUGACGCUUACUACACCAUUCGCUAGAGUUAGAUUAUGACUGCCCAGCUGCAAGGGGUCUGGAAAGAGUCCUACAGUAAAAGUUAAUCUGAUGAUAUCCUUCCUGAAUCAUCAAUGCCCAGCUGCAAGGGUUAUGUUCUCGGCCGAGUUCAACAGUAGCGCCAGUCAAUUUUGUAAGAUCCUUCCCAUUUCAACUCCACUGAACUAAUUUAUCCCAGGCUUUCUUUCUUCCUCCGGAAAUAAAACAUGAAAGAAAUGGGCAUUGUGAAUCCAGAGUCUGCAUG